AUGUUGAUUCCUUCUGAUUUUCUUCCUUUUAAGUUUUAUUCUAUGUUAUUUCAUUUGUUUUUCGUUCAUUGUUUUAUCUUUUGCAAGACCAUUUGGCUCGAAGCGAAGGUCGUUUGCAACGUGCAUCAAUGUUUCCCGCCAUUUCUUCCUCGUGCAACCCAAAUCUGUUCUUUUGCCUCCCGUGUUAACUUCUUUCAUUCUUUCUUUCUUUUUUUCUUUCGUUCUCUCUAUCUUUUUGUUUUUUCUUUCUUUUUUCUCUUUUCUUUCUACAUUUCUUUCUUUCUCUCUGUUUUUUUCUAUCUUCCUUUUUCAUUUAUCUUUCUUUAUUUGGCAUUUCGUUAUCACUCUCUCAAUCUCUCUCUCUCUCUCUCUCUCUCUCUCUUCUCAUUUUUGAUGUUACUCUCUUUCUUUUUCAUUUCGCUGUCACCUUCGCAACAUUUCCCUAUUUUUAUUUCAUUCUUCUUUUCAAUUUUUCUUUCUUUUUUAUUUGAACAUUUUCCUUUCACUAUGUUUAUUCUUCUAUCUAUCUAUCUCUCUAUCUAUCUCAGUCUGUUCAUAUCUAUCUAUCUAUCUAUCUAUCUAUCUAUCUUGAUUAUAUGUGUUCCUAUCUAUCUAAUCUGUUCAUAUGAUUCUGUCUGUUCGUAA